GACGUGUGUUCGCAGCAAAAGAAAAAAAAAGUUAAAUACUUCAGUUGUAAACAAAGCGCUUGGUUUUUUAUGCACGCUGUUUAGAAAAUCAAAGACCAUAAAAAAAAAAGAAUAAUUCACAUUUUGGUUCUUCACAUUGCAAUAAAAAGUGCAAAUUCUUGCCAUUAAAAUGGACAAACAUAAACUAAUUGACAAUGUGAUUUAAAUUGUAUACGAAAACGAUAAUAAUAAUAAAAAAAAAAACACAACAAAUACAAAUUAAAAGUGUGCAAAUCAACGUCUAUCAGAAAGAGUUUGGCGCUUUCAGGAUCUCAUCAAUACAGAUUUAGCCAAACAUUCAAUGGUACAGACAAUAUAUACUAGCAUAAAUAUGCGUUCGACAAGCUGUUUUGUUUUAAUUGGAAUUUGGUUCUUUUGGCUACCAGCGCAGACGAACGGAUUGUCAGAAAUUGACAAGAAGUGCUCGGCGUUUGAAUGCCCGGAAAAACCUGAUUCGCCUCAGUGCCCCGAAGAUAGUAGCACGGAAUUUAAGCCGGUGUCCAUCAUCCAGCCCGAUUUGCUGGAGCUAUGCUGUGCCAAGAGCUAUUGCAGCUGCAACAAGUGCCUAGAGAAGCCCAAAUGUGAACUGGGUGAAGUGCUAAUCGAGCUGAGCCAAGGCAAUGGCAAGCCAGGCAGCUGCUGCACCGAAUAUAAGUGCGGCAUGGAGCCGAAAUGUGUGCGGGGAAUGGGCAUCACCUACUGGCGGGAUGAGUGCACCAAAUGCAACAGCUGCCACCCGCUGUGCCAGUCAUUCUGCCAGUCGGACAGUGCACUGAGCAACUGUAUCACUGAUGAUAAACAGAUCGUGAUGAACGGGGAGCAAUGGUUACAGGGAGAUGGCUGCGAGCACUGCACCUGCAAGAAUGGCAUUAUUGAGUGCGAAACGUACUCCUGCAAACAGCCGGAAUGCGAACAGUACAUAAAAGUGCCUGGCGUGUGCUGUCCCGUUUGUCUAAACACGGAAAGUGUUGCCACCGAAGCGGCCAUUGUGCCGAGCAGCUCAACAAUCAAAUCUACUGCUCAGAUCUCAAGCGAAUCCAUCGAAACAGAGCCAUUUAAGCCAGCAGAGGAACACGAUAUAAAUAAACAGACGCCUUUCAAUGUAAAGGGCAUGACUACCGAGAAAACAUUGGAUAACGAUCAAGUUUUCGCAGAGCUCUCAAGCACACCUAAAUCGAGCAGCAGCAGCAUUUCCAGCAGCACGCCCAGCAGCACCUCCAGCAGCGCCUCCAGCAGCACCUCCAGCAGCACCCCCAGCAGCACCGACAGCAGCACCCCCAGCAGCACCUCCAGCACCACCUCCAGCACCACCUCCAGCACCACCUCCAGCACUAGCUCCAGCACCACAUCCAGCAGCACCUCCAGCAGCACCUCCAGCACCACAUCCAGCAGCAUCCCCAGCACCACCCCCAGCAGCACCUCCAACAACAGCCCCAGCAGCACCUCCAACAGCACCCCCAGCAGCAUGCCCAGCAGCACCACAGACGAAUUGGAUAAAUAUUCCACAGAGCUCACAGAGCUACCCCAAGUUGGUGUAGACAGCAAUGAAGGCGCGAAUGAACACAUCUCGGCAUGGAAUGAUUUUUCAACGGAGCCAUCUGUAAUUGCUGAGUCCGCUUCCGAAACAAAAGAUUGGCUUACAAAUGACACAACCAAUUCACAAGAGCUGGAAAGUAUUGAGGAGACAACCGAAGCAACUGAGGUAGUGGAACCAGAGCGUAAAGAUGACAGCCUGGAAUAUACAACACUAUCAGACAUAGACAGCACCGGAUCGAGCAGCAGCAGCAGCGCUGGAGUCUCAACCACACAGCAUCCAAGUUCGUUGGCCACAUCGGCACCCAACGCGCUGACACCCGAAUCGACCAGCUGGCAUCACGGCUCAACCAUCGAUGAUGCCGAUUAUCGUUUCGCACUUGAGAAUCACAAUGAUGCACUAUAUUCAUCAAAUGAAAAAUAUGUUUGGAUUAUGAGUAUCGGCGCCUUUGCGGUUUUCCUUGUUUUAGUCCUGUUCAUAUAUUAUUGUGUUAAAAAGUGCAAGGAACGUAAAUCGCUAUAUUCUUCGGUCCCGAAUUCAGAUUCAAAUCUAAGCGAGAAUACAACUACCUCUGAUCUGGUUCUACGCAUUGAUCAGCCCUUGCAGCACAACAUAGAGAAACAGAAGCAGCUUAAAGAGACAGCAGAAUAAUCGAUUUCACAAAAAAUAAAUACAUAACUAUAAGUGUACAUAUACAUAUACAAUAUAUAUAUAUAUAUAUAUAUAUAUAUAUAUAUAACUGUAUAUGGUAUAUCGUAUAUAUUGGAAAAUUUCAUCGAUGACUCUCGCCUAAAGACAAUGCUCGCGCAGAAUCAGCGAUUUUGCAAUACUUUCAUAAACUUUAAACAAAAACGAACUACACACAAAAAUUAUUAUAUUUAUUUAUUAAUUUAGUUAUGCAUUGUGAUAAUAUGGCAAAUUAUUGAUAUCAUCCAGAGUAAAAUCAUCUAAUUAAGUAAAACAAUAUAGUAUUUAGUUAAGUUCAUCCAGGGCGGUAGUCUGGCAUAAAUUUAACUUUCUAGAAAACUUCAACAAAUUUAUAAACAAUUGUACUGCCCUGUUUGGGCUUAGCAUUAUUUUAUAGAAGACUUAACAUGUUUAUUUAUCAACUGUUGCCUGACAAAUUAUAUUAACUAUAAAGUGCGAGAUCUGCACAAAUUGGCCAGCUUAGAAGUAAGAAUACACGCACACCCACAAAAACGCGCUAAAUAUUUGUUGAAAAAAAGAAGAGAAAUUAAAGGAAAUGCGCUGCACUGAUUACACAUUCCUUUUAAGCCCAUUUUUGAUUUCAAUUACAUACUUCAACAAAAAAAAAAAGAAAAAAAAACACAAAAACAAAACAAAAAAAAUGAUAUACCAAAGGUCUUGUUAGUAGCGUUCUCUCGUUUGGAUAAUUGCAAUAUAUAGAUAACGAAUAAAAUAUAACGAACUGAA